AUGAUCGUUAAUCAAGUAUUAUUGGGAAUAACAGGUUUUAUUACAUGUAUUUAUACAUUUUAUGUUAAAAAACAACAUGAUAAAAAUCCAAAAUAUCGAGCAUUAUGUGAUCUAGGACCAAAUGCAAGUUGUACACGAGUUUUAACUAGCAAAUAUGGUACUGGAUUUGGUAUAACAGAUGCUUUAUUUGGUAAAAAUAGUAAGAUGAAUGCAUCGAAUGGUAAUUUAGGUAUGAUUUUUUAUAUUUUACAAAUUAUUUUUGGUUUAAUACCAAUACCAUUAUUUACUAAAAUUGCUUUAAUUUCAUCUAUAUUAGCUUGUCUUGGUUCACUUUAUUUGGCUUAUAUACUUGCAUUUAUUCUUAAAGAUUUAUGUCUUGUUUGUGUUGCAACUUAUAUAAUAAAUGCUGGUCUUCUUUGGUCAAAUUAUCAAACGGUUUAUUAUUCCAGUUAUUAA